AUGAAGGUAAGACAGCCGGGACCCAGCUGUGAACACAGGAAGAUAGGAGGGGUAGCGUGGGUGCUGGCAGCGGGGCUGAGAGGGCAGGACAUUGAGGAAGAGGGAGCUGUGAGUCCUACCCAAGAAGAGCCUGAAGAUCUGGACUGUGGGCUCCCAGAGCCCUCUGCCCGCAUCAUAGGAGGCUCAGAUGCACGACCAGGCACCUGGCCAUGGCAGGUGAGCCUGCAUCAGAGUGGGGGGCACGUCUGCGGGGGCUCCCUCAUCGCUCCCUCCUGGGUUCUUUCUGCUGCCCACUGUUUUGUGGAGAACGGGACCUUAGAGCCCGCAGCCCAGUGGUCGGUUCUACUGGGUGUACACUCCCAGGAUGGGCCCCUGGACGGUGCGCACGUCCGCGCAGUGGCCGCCAUCCUGGUGCCGGAAAACUACAGAAACGUGGAACUGGGCGCCGAUUUGGCCCUGCUUCGCCUGACCGCGCCUGCCAGACUGGGUCCUGCGGUGCGACCCGUCUGCCUGCCGCGCGCCUCGCACCGCUUGGCUCACGGCACCGCUUGCUGGGCCACCGGCUGGGGGGACAUCCAGGAGGCGGCUCCUCUGCCAUUACCCUGGACACUACAGCAAGUGGAAUUAAAACUGCUGGGAGAAGCUGCUUGUCAAUGUCUCUACAACCGGCCUGGCCCCUUCAACCUCACCUUCCAGCUAUUGCCAGGGAUGCUGUGUGCUGGCUACCCAGAGGGCCGUAGAGACACUUGCCAGGGUGACUCUGGGGGGCCCUUGGUCUAUGAGGAAGGUGGACGCUGGUUCCAGGUGGGAAUCACCAGCUUUGGCUUUGGCUGUGGACGGAGGAACCGACCAGGAAUCUUCACUGCUGUGGCUCCCUAUGAGGCAUGGAUCCGCGAACAAGUAAAGGGUUCAAAACCCGGACCUGCCUUUCUUGCCCAGCCCCAAGAACCCCAGCCAGGUUCCCCGGAGCCCACAGAGGAGAACUGCACCAUUGCCCUGCCAGCUUGCGGGAAGGCCCCUCGGCCAGGAGCCUGGCCUUGGGAGACCCGGGUGAUAGUGCCCGGUUUCAGACCCUGCCAUGGGGCGCUGGUUUCCGAGAGCUGGGUCUUGGCACCUGCCAGCUGCUUUCCAGACCUUAACGGCCCAGACAACCAGUCCCGCGACCUUGACGCCUGGCGAGUGCUGCUGCCCUCGAAUACGCGCGCGGAGCGAGUAACUCGAUACGUGCCGCACGAAAACGCCUCGUGGGACGACGGCUCAGACCUGGCGCUGCUGCAGCUGCGCGCACCCGUGAACCUAAGUGUGGUCCCUCGGCCCGUGUGCCUACCCUACCCGGAACACUAUUUCCUGCCCGGGAGCCGCUGUCGCCUGGCCCGUUGGGGCCGCGAGGAGCCCACAUCCAGCCGUGGUGCGCUGCUGGAAGCGGAGCUGUUGAGCGGCUGGUGGUGUCAAUGCCUCUACGGCGGCCAGGGGGCGUCAGUGCCGCCGCCCGGCGACCCGCCACCCGCGCUCUGCCCAGUCUACCAGGAGGAGGAGGAGGCGGGCCGCUGUUGGAACAACUCUCGAUGGAGCCUUCUGUGUCGGGAAGCAGGAACCUGGUUCUUGGCUGGCAUCAGAGAACCCUCCAGUGGCUGCCUACGUCCGCGAGCCUUCUCCCCUCUGCAGCCUCACAGCCCAUGGAUCAGUCAUGCGACUCGGGGAGCCUACCUGGAAGACCAGCUGGCCUGGGACUGGGGCCCUGAAGGGAGAGAGACAGAGACACAGACUUGUCCCCCACACACAGAGCAUGGUGCAUGUGGCCUGCGACCAGAGACUUCUCAGAUGGGGGCCCUAUGGCCAUGGCUGGCAGAGGUGCACGUAGCUGGUGACCAAGUUUGCACUGGGAUCCUAGUGGCCCCAGGCUGGGUCUUGGCAGCCACUCAUUGUGUCCUCAGACUGGGCUCUACAACGGUGCCCUAUAUCCAAGUGUACCUGGGCCGGGCAGGGGCCAGUCCCCUCCCACAGGGUCACCAGGUGUCACGCUUGGUCAUCAGCAUCCGCCUGCCUCAACACCUGGGACUCCGGCCCCCUCUGGCCCUUUUGGAACUGAGCUCCCGGGUGGAACCCUCCCCAUCAGCUCUGCCUGUCUGCCUCCACUCAGGAGGCAUCCCUCUGGGGGCCAGUUGCUGGGUGCUGGGCUGGAAGGAUCCCCAGGACCGAGUCCCCGUGGCUGCUGCUGUCUCCAUCCUGACCCCACGACUCUGUCACUGCCUCUAUGAGGGCCCUCUGCCUCUGGAGACUCUCUGUGUCCUAUAUACAGAGGGGCAGAAGGACAAAUGUGAGGUGACCUCGGGACCCCCACUUCUGUGCCACACUGAAGGAGGCUCCUGGAUUCUCAUGGGCAUGGCUAUUCGAGGGAGUCAGGAGCUGUUUGCUGCCGUUGGACCUGAAGAAACCUGGAUCUCCCAGACAGUGGGAGAGGCCUACUUCCUGCCCCCAAGUGGCUCUCCCAACUGGCCUCCUGAGGGCAGUGACCUCUGUCCUCCAGACAUGGCCAGGGCCUCAGGUCCCCCUAGGGCUGCUUUCUUCCUGCUGCUGCUCAUCUGCCUGAUCCAGUGCUGA